AUGUUUCGAAUCGCGAGAACGAAGACACUCGAAUCUCUGGCACAUCAAUUCGUCCAAAGAUGUGCAGUCAGCGGGACGGCGAAAGGUAAAGCGAAGCUGAAAGAUGGGCCAAAGAAGAGGAUGAAGGUAUCUACCAAGAAGGGCGGGAAGGGAGCCGUCGAUCCGGAUCCUUCAGCCCGGCCGACGUCACGUCAGGACCAGGAGAAGUACAAGCUGUACGAGCAAUGCAUAAACGCGCCGACGCCGGUUCGGUAUCUGAAGCCCAAGGACAUGAAGCGGGAGGCCGAGCGUGAGAAGUUAGGGUUGGAGAGCAAAGAUCGGAAGCGAGAGAAGGAAAUUCUGAAGAAAGGCGGGAGGCAGGCCAUGGGAGUCCCCGACGAGCCUUUGAUGAUGGGGACACCCGGAUUCGACCUGAUCUCGCUUGGAUUGGUGGAUGCCGAUAAGAUCCCCAAGUACGAGCUGACCGUGGAGGACGGGAGGCGGCUGGCGAAGGAGUACAGCAGGGUUUUGAUGAGGAAGCACAGGGCGAGGCAGGCCGCGGAGACGAAUCUGUUGAGGAUGAAGAAGGAGGCGAUCGAAGCAUUGCCGGAGAAGUUGAAGCAGGCUGCUCUGGUACCAGACUUGACGCCGUUUCCUAAAGAGAGAUUCAUGGCGACAUUGACACCUCCGAUUGAGGGUUAUAUCGACAAGGUGAAGGAGGCUGCUAUGAGGAGUUCUGGUGCCCAGAAGAUUAGAUAG